ACUCAGACUGCGAGCCACUGCCUUACCACAUUUCAUUUUUCUGAUCUUCUAAUUGCCUGUUCGUACGAAUCCAUUUUGUGCUCUGAAGAUUACUGUUCACUGCAUCAAAAUGAUUUUUUUACCGGUCGCGGAAAAAAAUGAUUUUUUACGUCUCUGCAUGUUGGAUGCUGGUAGUAGGAUUUGUGACGAACAAAUCGCGAGAUGUCAAAAGUAAAGGUUAGUGUCGACCGAUGGUUACAAGGACCAGAUGAUGCUUGGUAGAGGAAAGAACAGAUCUGAAAUCCCCAUACCAUUCCCAAGGAGUCAAUGCUGAAAUUUGCGGUACAGACACCUUUAGCAAGUGGCUGGCCGUGUCCCCCACAUGCCAAUUUGCCAUAUCAUAAGCACUGGAGCUUAGGUACAAGACAACGAUGGUUCUUGGAUGCAUCCGUGGCAAUGGGCUCCUGAGCACUCCAACCCUGAACAUGCAGUCGCCAAAGUCGACCAGAGGUCAACGAAUUCAUGGUUCCACACUCAACUUGCAAUCCUUCCGUAGCGAAGGUACAAGAACCGUAUUCAUUAGUAAUUAAGGUCCUCUUUGGUGCGGCUCUUCCUGGCUCCGGCUCCCGCACUGUAGCGUGGCUCCCCAACUCCUCCUUCAUUUUGCUCCUUGGGAGCCGAAACAGUUCCUCGCUACAGUACUAAAUAGUGACGCUACAGUAUCUUUGAGAAGGAGCCGGAGCCCGCUGAAGCUGCAGCAAAGAGGCCUAAGUAGGCCAUGUCAGUGUAUUACAAAACUGUGAAGUCUUUUGCAAAUGCUCUGAAGCUGUUAUGCUCUUUGUUCCUCAUGUGCCAGUUUUCCAUAUAAGAAGAUGACUGGGAGACCGACGAUGACUCAUGGAUUUAAUCAUGUUUCGAUUGGGACAGAGCUUUUUUAAUCAUUCAACCAGGACCAAGUCGAACUUGGCUCCACACGCAUAUCUGUUCCAAACUUCCACUUGCAUACCUUCCCUUGGCAAUAAGUUGCAAAAAUGUCACAUUGCUUCUCUAUAACAUCCUUUAUAAGGUACAUUCUAUCACAAAACUUCCUUACAUUCAGUUGAGAUCUUGUAGCUUCAUUUCCUGAUGGAAGGAAGAACCAGAUUGCUAUUGCUAUCCUUGCUGUUCCUCUUCUCCCAUGCUCGGUUGCCUCCGCGCAGCAGAAGCAGUAGUAACACGACAGCCGACGAGCUUGCGCUCCUCUCCUUCAAGUCCAUGUUGUCAGGCCCAUCUGCUUUGCUCGCUUCAUGGAACACGUCCACCAAUUACUGUACCUGGCCAGGAGUAGCUUGCAGCCGUCGGCCACCUGUGAGGGUGGUCUCGUUGCUCAUGAACUCCUUCAAUCUUUCAGGGAAAAUCUCGCCAUUCGUGGGCAACCUAUCUUUUCUAGAGAAGCUGAACCUUGGGAAUAACCAGCUCAUCGGGGAGAUACCACCAGAGCUUGGUCGUCUGGCCAAGCUUCAGUUGCUGAACCUGAGCGCAAAUUCACUGGAAGGAAGCAUUCCGGCGACUAUAGGCAGAUGCACUGAGCUCAAAUUGCUGUGCUUAACCAAUAAUAAGCUCCAGGGUGAGAUCCCCACGGAGAUAGGUAACUUGAAAAAUCUUCUCGGGUUGUUCCUUUUCACUAAUGCUUUCUCAGGAGAAAUCCCUCAAUCACUAACAGAACUACCAUCUAUGGUGCACUUGACUUUCUAUGACAAUAAAUUAUCUGGUGAGAUACCGGCUAGUUUGAGCAAUCUUACCAACCUUCAGUUUCUUGGUCUUGGAAAGAACAUGCUAACUGGAUCCAUCCCUUCAUCUCUUGGUCUAUUGCCCACAUUAUCAUGGCUUGACUUGGGAUUUAACAAUUUAAGUGGGGUUAUCCCCACUUCUCUUUGGAACAUUUCCUCUCUAGUCAUGUUUUCUGUCUCACAAAACAUUAUGCUAAGUGGAACAAUACCUCCAAAUGCAUUCAAUAAUCUUCCUCAUCUGCAGAAGAUAUACAUGGACAACAACCAGUUUCAUGGACAGAUCCCUGCCUCGAUAGCUAAUGCUUCUGAGUUAGAGCAUGUUCAGCUCGGUUAUAAUCUUUUUAGUGGCAUAGUUCCCCCGGAGAUUGGAAGAUUAAGAAAUCUCAGUUGGCUCGAGCUCUCACAAACUAUGCUUGAAGCUAAAGAACCCAAGGAUUGGGAAUUUCUAACUGCACUGACAAAUUGCUCCCAGUUGAGAAUUUUAGACAUGAUGUUUUGCAGGCUUGGAGGAGUCCUUCCAAAUUCAGUUUCAAAUCUUUCUACUUCUCUAGAAAUACUCUUCCUGGGACACAACCCAAUUUCCGGAAGCAUACCUAGAGAUAUUGGUAAUCUCUUCAACUUGCAGAUUGUGGAUUUUGCUCAGAACAACUUCACAGGAACUAUUCCUUCAUCAUUCAGUAGGCUUACAAACUUGCAAGGUUUGACCCUAUAUGGAAACAAGUUUAGUGGGCCAAUCUCCACCAUCGGAAAUCUUACAGAACUAACUUAUUUAUACCUGGGUGCUAAUGGCUUCAGUGGUGGGAUACCAAACACACUGGGAAACCUGAAAAAACUGUUGGAAUUAGAUCUUUCAAGAAAUAAUUUUACAGGCUCAAUACCGAAUGCAUUGUUCAACAUCCCCACACUCUCAGAAGGUUUUGAUCUAUCAUAUAAUAACUUGGAGGGAGAUAUACCACAAGAAAUCGGGAACUUAAAAAAUCUUGUACAAUUCCAUGCAGAGUUCAACAAACUAUCAGGUCAGAUUCCUUCCACCCUAGGCGACUGUCAACUUCUGCAGAGUCUCUAUUUGCAAAAUAAUUUCUUGAGUGGCAAUAUUCCGUCACUCCUGGGUCAGUUGAAAGGUCUUGAAAAUCUUGACCUCUCGAGCAACAAUUUAUCUGGCCAGAUACCCAAAUUCUUAGGAGACCUUAGAAUGCUCUAUUAUCUGAACGUUUCAUUCAAUAAUUUUAUUGGAGAAGUGCCAUCUACUGGCGUUUUCGCAAAUUCCUCUGGAGUUUCAGUCCAAGGCAAUGGCAGACUUUGCGGGGGCAUACCUGAUCUACAUUUGCCUCUUUGUUCAUUACAACUACCAAAGAAAAAACAUAAACUUCUGGCGGUACCUAUUGUUAUUUCUAUUGCUGCAACAUUGGCCAUCCUUUCGUCGCUCUAUAUUCUUCUAACCUGGCACAGGAGAAGCAAAACAAAAACUCCUUCAACAAUGUUCAUGCCAGGCCACCCAUGUAUCUCUUAUUCACAGUUGGUAAAAGCAACAGAUAGUUUCUCGCCUAGCAAUUUGCUGGGUUCUGGAUCAUUUGGGUCUGUGUACAAAGGAGAGCUAGAUGAUCAGGAUGGUGAAAGUAGAAAUCUUGUGGCUGUGAAGGUACUAAAGCUUCAAACUCCUGGUGCACUCAAGAGUUUCAUAGUUGAAUGUGAAGCACUGCGAAACAUGAGACACCGGAAUCUUGUCAAGAUAGUUACAACUUGUGCAAGCAUUGAUUCAAGAGGAAAUGACUUCAAAGCAAUUGUCUAUGACUUUAUGCCAAAUGGGAGUUUAGAAGGUUGGCUACAUCCUGAUGCAAAUGAUGAGCAGACAGAGCAAAGGUACUUAGAUCUCGCAGAAAGAGUGACCAUACUACUAGAUGUGGCUUAUGCAUUGGAUUACCUUCAUUCUGAUGGCCCAGUUCCUGUUAUACAUUGUGAUCUUAAGUCAAGUAAUGUGCUCUUGGAUGCUGAUAUGGUUGCCCAUGUUGGAGACUUUGGACUUGCCAAGAUUAUUGUUGAUGGAAGCUUAAUUGUCCAACAGUCAGUGAGCUCGAUGGGGUUCAGAGGGACAAUUGGUUAUGCUGCCCCAGAGUAUGGUGCUGGGAACGUGGUGUCAACAAAUGGAGACAUCUACAGUUAUGGAAUUCUUGUGUUAGAAAUGGUAACUGGUAGGAGGCCCACAGAUAGCACCUUCAGAGAGGGAUUAAGCCUCCGUGAAUAUGUUGAGCUGGCCCUGCAUAAUGGAACGAUGGACGUCAUUGACACGCGUCUGUCGUUGAGCCUCGAGAAUGAAUUUCAGGGUGUGGGUGAGGGUGAUUCAUCGCAAAAUAGAAAGACUGAUUGCCUGAUUGCCCUACUUAAACUUGGAUUGUCGUGCUCUGAGGAAUUGCCAUCCAGUAGGAUGCCAACUGCAGACAUCAUCAGAGAGCUGCUUGUCAUAAAAGGAUCUAUCUUGUAGGCAAUGCAGAACAUGAAUAUGGAGAAGCACCAAUUUUUAGAUGGUUCAAACUGGUUCCUGGCGCAGCUAGAAUUCAUGGAUAACAGAUGAUUCGUCAACGUAUCCAGUUCAUGCCGAUGGUUUCAUCAUGCUUAAUGUUAUACAAGUGUUAUUCCUGUUGCUCUCUGCUCGCUGGAGUUGCAGCAGUUCAAACUUCAAAUAUUCUGUACAUUGAGUACCCUUUUAAUAUUGUAUCAAGAUUGUUGGAUAAAGUCGUUGAUCAGGUCCUCCAACGUGUUGACCGAUAUAUGGAGUAGCGUGCAUGCCAGGGCAAAUUAAAUGGCAGAAGAAGACAGUACUGCGUUUCCGGAGACUUGCUAAAGCUGAGCUCGACUGAUAAAUAACACACUCCAUGCAUUGCCAGUUUUCCAUCCAGCAGCACUGCAAACGGAACCAGCACAACAAGCACGCACAAUGGCUGUAACGCCACGCUCAUGUGCCUCCUUUCAUGGAGCUGCAGCUGUCAUGUGCCUCCUGUUGCUCUUUUCCCCAGCGCCAACAACAGCCGUCGCCGCUUCUUCUGUAUCAGGCAGCUGCAUCGCGGCCGAGAGAGAUGUGCUAAUCUCCUUCAAGGCCGGCAUCACGAACGACUCCGCCGGAUGGCUGAGAUCUUGGCGAGGCCAAGACUGCUGCCUGUGGUACGGCGUGAGGUGCAGCAACAGGACAGGCCACGUCGUGAAACUCGACCUCUACAAUAAGUUUGUCACAGAGGAUCAUUAUGGUCCUGUUGACAAUCUUCUCGGGUUGAGUGGUAGUUCAUCUCUUCUUGCCCUACGCCAUCUCAAGAGCUUGACAUAUCUCGACCUCUCAAACUUGAAUUUCAGUGGUCAAGUACCUCCUCAGCUAGGAAACCUCACCAAACUGAAAUACCUCAGCAUACAUGCAUACUCCUACAAUAAUCAAUAUCCAUAUGCAUCAGAUGUUUCAUGGCUAGCAAAUCUUCACUCGCUGGAGCAUCUUGACAUGAGCAAUGUGAACCUUAGAGCAGCGGUUGACUGGGUUCAAUGGGUGAACACCCUCCCAAAUUUGAGAGUUCUACAUCUCAGUGGUUGUGAUCUUCCUAGUUCCAUCCCAUCACUUCUACACAAAAACCUUACAGUGCUUGAGAAUCUGGAUCUCUCCUCUAACAUUUUUCUUAGUCCCGCUGCACCCAAUUGGUACUGGGAUGUGACUAGCCUCAAGAGUCUAAACCUAGCGUACACGUAUUUCUUAGGCCCCUUUCCUGACGAAUUGGGUAACUUGACCAAGUUGCACACCCUUGAUAUGAGAUACAAUGAAAUUCAGGGGAUGAUACCAUCAACACUGAACAGAAUGUGCAGUUUACAGAGUAUACACCUCAGCGAGGUCAAUAUUGGUGGGGAUAUAGCACAUCUAAUGGAGAGGAUACCAAAAUGUUCCCUGAAUAGUUUGCAAGAGCUAAUUUUGGAUAGAACCAACAUCACUGGCACGAUAAUAGAAUCAGUAUCCGACUUCACUGCCUUAAGCAUUCUUGACAUCAGUUACAACCACUUGAGCGGUUCUUUGCCUGUGGAGAUUGGAACGUUACAAAAUUUGACUGAGUUGAGGAUUCGUGGUAACGGCUUCACUGGUGUGAUAUCAGAAGAACACUUCUCUGGUUUGAUGAAUUUGAAGUACAUUGACUUGACUGGUACACAUCUUCAAGUCAUGGUAGGCUCGGAUUGGGAACCCCCUUUCGAUCUGCAUAAGGCAUAUUUAUCAUCCUGUUAUUUGGGUCAAAUUCCUAAUUGGCUUCGAUGGCAAGAAAGCAUUUCAGACCUUAACAUUUCAGACACAGGUCUCAUUGGUGUGAUCCCGGAUUGGUUUUGGACUACAUUUUCUAAUGCCACAUCUUUGGACCUCUCUUACAACCAACUUUCUGGUAAGUUACCUCUUGAUUUGGAGUUCAUGUCUUCAACGCUGCUUCUUCUCCAGUCAAAUAAUUUAACUGGUUCAGUACCAAGGUUACCAAGAAGCAUUAUUUUAUUGGACAUCUCAAAAAAUUCUUUAAAUGGACAACUUCCAUCAAAUUUUGGAGGCCCAAAUUUACAGGUCGCAGUUCUGUUUUCCAAUCGUAUAACUGGGAUCAUUCCUGACUCAGUUUGUCAAUCACCUCAACUGCAGAUCUUAGAUCUUUCAAACAACCUGCUUACAAGGGGACUACCAGAUUGUGACAGAGAAGGGUUGAAACAACAGAAUCAAUCUAGGAGCAACUCAUCAAGGGUCGGCUUUGGCUCUGCACAUUCUUACAGUUUGAAAAUCAGUGUUCUCCUUCUAAACAACAAUUGUCUUUCAGGUGGAUUUCCUUUAUUCUUGAAACAAUGCCAAGGUCUUGGAUACCUCGAUCUAAGUCAAAACAGAUUCAGUGGAAAGUUACCUGCCUGGAUAAGUGAUAACAUGCCUAAAUUGCUAAUGUUACGGCUAAGAUCUAACUACUUUUCAGGUCAUAUUUCGAUUGAAACAAGAAGGCUAUCUUAUCUUCGUAUUCUUGAUCUCGCAAACAACACUUUCUCUGGGGUUAUACCAAAAUCUCUUGCAAACUUGGAAGCUCUCACUACCACCCCAAAAUCUCUUGCAAACUUGGAAGCUCUCACUACCACUGAGGAUGUAGACCCAUUAUUUAAUCCUUUCAUUGAACAUUAUAAGUCUGGGUAUUUUACAUAUGAUAUGGGUAUGUCUGGUGAUAGCUUUUCGUUGGCAACUAAAGGACAAGUGCUUCAGUACAGUGGGAAUGCCAUAUUUGUUAAGAGCAUUGACCUUUCUUACAACAGGUUAGUCGGGAAAAUACCUGAAGAAAUAGGCUCACUUCUUGGGCUAAUAAAUUUGAAUUUAUCAUCAAACUUCUUAAGUGGAAAUAUCCCAUAUAAGAUAUGCAAUCUACAAGGCUUGGAGUCUCUCGACUUGUCCAACAACCAACUUUCUGGUGAAAUUCCUUGGUGCUUCUCAAAUUUGACUUCACUGAGCUGUCUUGAUUUAUCCUACAAUCACCUAUCAGGCAGAAUACCCUCAGGACAUCAAUUAGACACUCUCAGGGCAGAUGAUCCUACUUCAAUGUACAUUGGCAAUCUUGGUCUUUGUGGACAUCCACUUCGAAAGCUAUGUCCUGGAGAUCAGCCACCAGUACAAAGAGAUCCCGUCAUGUUGCAUGAAGACGACAAGGCUAAAAUAGAUUUUCAUCUCGGUUUGAUCAUAGGGUUCUUGGGAGGCCUUUGGAUAAUAUUUUGCGGCCUUCUGUUUAAGAAGACAUGGAGAUAUGCCUAUUUCAGCCUAUUCGACAAACUGUAUGACAUGUUCUAUGUCUGGUUUGUAGUCACUUGCAAAAAAUGGUUCACAAAUGCAGCUCCAAACUGAGUGAGCUCUAUAAAGUGUAGAAGUACUAUAUAUGGGAAAAUAACGCUCCAAUCCAUGGAGCAUUUAAUUCUAUGUAAUACUAGAUGGUUUACCCCAUCCAUAGUGGUAUUAAAAGUUCAGAACGUUUAAUAUAAA